AUGCCCAGCCUGCAGAGCAGGCUGAAAUCCAAGAGAGUUCUGCACCUGAAAGGCGUGCAUUUUUCCUUGGUAAAAGCUGCGGCUGCCCUGAGGUCCAAGGAUGAUUUGGAUGACGCCAUCGACGUGCUGGAGGACGGCCAUUUCGAGGAAGCCGAGCUGCUGGCCGGAGAGGCCUUCCCCGGGCGCGCGGGGCACCGGCGGUUGGGCCCGAAAACGGCAGCCUUUGCUUGA